AUGAAAUUCACUUCCUUUACAGCUGCCCUAGCCGGGCUCACCUCCGUCAACGCUGCUUGGGAAUCCAUCUACCUUGUCAACUCCAGAAAAGGCAAUGAAAUCUCCAGUGGCUGCGCGUACUACGUGGACAACGCUGGGGCGUGGGGUAGACGGCCUGACGACUACACCGAUGUUACUCAUGGGACUCAUCAUGUUUGGGAAGGCAAACGUACAGCCUGUCGAUUUGGCAGUGGUGUUACCUUUAAUGUCGACAUCAAUGCCAAUGCAUUCGUGUUGGAAAAUCCGGGGAUCCCCCUUCCUUUCAGGGUUUAG